CACAGCUUCAAACUGCUUCGCACAGCUUCAUAUUCCCACGCCCAUUCAAGUUGGCAAUAUGCAGGUCCACGCAGUGCCUGAUUCUGAGCGCGCCUAUGAUUCCUCCGGAAGGAGGCUACCAUGGGGUUUCGAUUUCGCAGACUCCGACCAUGCGCAACGGCGCAUCCCAGAAGAAAAGGGACCAUUUGGUAAAGCGCGGAAGCGAGGCACCUCAAGAAGCAAGACCGCGACGCCGGCACGGUCAAGCAAAGAAGAUCAAGCGAAACUUGACGAUAUCCGCGUAAUCGACGACAUAUUCAACAAGCAGAAACUACAAGAACAAAAAAGAGAAUCGAUCCGCGUGCGCAACCUCCCCGCUCCUUCAGCAAAUCUUCCUCUUUCUGCUUCAACCCCGAACCUCAUCGAGGCUGCCGGGCUAUCGAGCUCGUUCCAGCCUGGCGCAUCGUCCAAUGCAUCAACAAAGGAGCCAACCGAGGUUUUGCUAUAUGGAUACGGGAACGAUGUGCAAUGGGCCGCUAUCGACUACUAUGAAAAAGUUUCAGGCGGCAUCAUAUUCGAAGAAUACGACAGGCAACCGCCUAGCGCACGCUACAACCUGACACUCAGCCAGCAUAAGGCUGCUUCCUACCGCUCCCUUUCGAAAGGCUCACUUCGUAAGAUCAACGAAUAUGUCGGCGGAGAGCAUUGGAUAAAGGUCACAUUCGAUUCUCCAGAGGCCGCUGAACGCGCAUGCCACUACUCGCCGCAUGUGGUUCAAGGAUUCAAGGUCUUUGCAGAGCGAUAUCGCGGUUCCCCACCGAAUGAAGACAAGCCAUUGGCCGCAUCGGUAGGAGCAUGGUCGUCACAGACGGCAUCACCCAACACCGUCUCCUCACAAACACUUCAACUUGGAGGGUCAUCAGCGACUCUGUCUUCGGCCACAGCAACCGGCUCCACACCUGGACUUCUCCCGCGAUACCCAUCUGAGCCUAUCUUCAAAACCGCAGGUGGAUUUCCUGAAGACGAAGGAGACCAAACCAUCAUUCCCACCCAACCGUCGCAUGCCCCUGCGAGAACGACAUCCACGCAGAUAGGGCACGACCGAGGACGCACGACCCUUCGAAUCAAGGGCGCCAAAGCAGCCGUCCUUCUUCCCCCUGAGAAAGCUUUCCUUCCAGCCGCUCCCCGCUGGCAACAGACAUUUGGAUCAUGGCCUGUCAUCGGCUGGAUCAUCGGAUCUAACCACGGCAUAAUCGGAGACCAGGUGCCUAGGAAAGAGGAUGGCACGUUCGACAGCGCGAGCGCGAGUCUCUACUGGCGACUUUGGUAUGGCGUGGACUCAUGCUUCGGCACAGAUUUCUGCGGAGUGAAGGAGGCCGAGUACGAAGAAUAA